AUGGAGCCUUUGGUUAAACUCUUGUUGAAGGAGGUGGAAGGUACUCUUGAUUGUAUGACCGUGUUACUAUUCAUUGCGACCAUCAUCGUGUUUCUAGUUUCGUCCUUCCCUUACAAGAAACAUAUUCGGGAUUGGCAAAUUAACGAAUUCAAAGUUGCCGCAUCAGAUCACAAAAGUCUUGUUUUCUUGUUCUACUUUCUUUGUUGCGCAUCAACAACUAUCAACGAGAAUCGCGAUGAUCAGAACCAAACCAACCCGGGCCUUGUUGUUGUGUUGAGGUUUUUAAUCAAAAGUGGCUAUGCCAUGGUCUCUUUUCUGCUCUUCGACAAGAUCUGUGUUAUUUUACGUUCAAAACCACCCUUGGAAUCGACGAACAUAUGA